AGCGUGCACGCUUUUGAGACGGUGAUGCGUGACUCCCGAGGCUGGAAGGCCAUGUGUUCAAGGAGUCUGGAUGAACGGCUUAGCAGUCAGUUGCCAUCGUUGAUACGCGACAGUGAGGCCUUUGUGAGACGCGCGGUUCUGGAGGCCAUGAUCUGCUUGGUGAGCGAGCGCGAGUCCGGUACAGUCCUUAUGGUCAAUGGAACCGAUCUCUUUGUGGAGUAAUGCAACGUUUAUGUCACGGUUGACUCUGGAUGACAGUGAUUGGGAGGUCAGGAUCCGAGCGUGUGAAUUCAUAGCAGCUGUAUGGAAGCACUGUUUGGCACUGGAUGAAAAGGCGGAUUACCGGAUCCGUGCUUCUAAACGACUUAAAGAUUCAGCUAUUGGGCAAGAGGAGAAUAUACAUCCACCAAAACCAUCGUCGUGGUGGUUUUAUGACAUCAAAGGCGACAAGGUACUGGUGGAGGCGACUCAGGAUUCGUCUAGAUUGGUGCGCCGGAUUAGUGUUGAGACUCUCAAAAAGAUGAAAACGUCGAUCGAGCAGCGACUGGGAUCGAUAUUUCAGAACAUCUCGGAGGGGAACCAAGGGCCUGCAUUAGAGCAGGCUUCUGCUACGCAGAGUAAUGAUCGACUGGGCAAGAGGCCUGUGGACGAUACUGCUAACGAUAAAGGAUCACUGCAGCCGGGAUCAGCAUCUUUCACCCAUCCACACGCACAAUUCUAUACUGUCCUCAAGGACCUUGAUUUCGAACGUCUGGACGCGACGACAUCAGUGGAGCAGCUGUACGAAGAGGUGCUGAAUGUUGAGCGCGUUGAAGACGUGGUUAUGGAAGAGAAUGAAAACCCAAACGAUGGCAACAAUGUGCUGGAUUGCUACUAACGUCGUUCUCCUUGACACAUGUGCAUUUUAUAUUUUGCAAAGCGACCUUCAAUCCAUCGAAGGCUUCCUCACAGUCCUUUUAGAAAUGCUUACAA